AUGGUCCAGAUGCGCCUGAACGCUAUCAGGAACAUUGGAAAGAUCACAAAGUCGAUGAAGAUGAUUGCCUCGACCAAGGUCGCCAAGGCCCAGCGUGCUAUGGAGACUGCUCGCGCCUACGGUGCCACCUCUGCCAGCAUCUACAAGAACGCCAACACUGCCCCUCUCGAGAACGAGGACAAGGUCUACAUCGUCUCUUCCUCUGACCGUGGUCUUUGCGGUGGUAUCCACUCCUCCGUUGCCAAGGCUACCCGCCGCUUGAUCGCUGUUGACGGCCCUUCGUCUGGUGUCAUUGUCUUGGGUGACAAGGCCAAGAACCAGAUGUCCCGUUCUCACCGCAGUGACAUCCAGAUGUCCUUCAACCAGAUCGGAAAGGCCAUCCCCACCUUCGCUGAGGCCAGCGCUGCUGCCGACACCAUCAAGUCCUCCGGCAUCAAGUUCGACACUGCCACCAUCAUCUACAACGAGUUCACCUCUGCCAUCGCCUAUGAGGCCAAACCCAUCAACGUCUACUCUUCCGAGGCUUUGAAGGCUGCCGGUACGUCCUUUCUCUCUUUCUUUUGUAUUACUGUCUCUUCCUUUCUGAUCCUCUUCUUUUUUUCCCUCUAUCUCCUUGUCUUUAUCUUUCUUCCUCAACCUUGUCAUUCUCUUCUUCGUAUUCCUCUUCCUCUAACAUGUAUCCAUCUCUCCAUCCAAUCCACUCCACUCAUAAUAGAUGCCUUCGCUGCCUACGAGAUCGAUGAUGAAGUUUUGGAGAACUACCACGAGUUCUUGUUCGCCAACAACAUCUACUGGGGUCUUGUCGAGGGUCACGCCUCGGAAAUGUCUGCCAAGCGCACUGCCAUGGAGAACGCCACCAAGAACGCUGGAGAGAUGGUUGACCGUUUGACCAUGACCUACAACCGUUCCCGCCAGGCUGCUAUUACCUCCGAGUUGGUUGAUAUUAUUACUGGUGCCUCUGCUCUGUAA